AUGAAUGUGACGGAAGCACUCACCACAACCACCGCGACUCCGAAGGGUCUGUCGCUGAAUUCGCCCACAUUUGGUUACAUCGCGAUAGUCACGUAUGUGAUUUCAGGUGUUUUCUUUCAAUGGAUCAUGUGUAAUGCAAUUUUAUUCGUUGGAAUAAUAGUCAACUGCUCGAUUGGCUGCCCAAAGUUCUAUCCCCUGGCGAUGUUUGGUGGUGCUCUCUGGGCCACUGGAAAUGCUCUUAGUGUGACAAUUAUUGAGGCAAUCGGAGUUGGCCUUGGGGUGAUCAUUUGGUCAAUGUCAAAUAUGCUCUUCGGUUUUGCCACUAGCCGGUUUGGAUGGUUCGGAAUAGCACAGAAAAUUCCCAAAAAGCCGAUAAUGAAUUACAUUGGAGUUGCGAUUGCUCUUGCAAGUGUCGCCAUCUUCGCUGCCAUAAAGCCAAAUCAACAAUCAAAAAAGAAGGAUGCAGCCCCCGGGGAGGAGGAGGAAGAAGAAGAGGUAGUCAGAACGGAUCGUAGUCCAGCUAAAGCUCUUCUCACCGACGAGAGAGAACCAGUGGGCAAAUGUGGCCGCAUGUGCAAGCCCAUCUCAAGUUUGCCACCUGUUCAGAGGCGUAUUAUUGGCAUCGUUCUGGCAAUUGUGGUCGGUUCGCUCUACGGCAACACUUUUGUUCCAACACAGUACAUUCAGACAUGGUACGACGGCGCUAGCAAGGAAGGCCUUGACUACGUUUUCGCAAACUUUGUCGGAAUAUGGCUGACCUCAACAGCAAUCUUUUUGUUCUAUGCGCUGGGAAAGAAGAACAAGCCGUGGGUUCCCCGGAACAACGCCAUUGUCCCUGCCCUCCUCAGCGGGGCUCUGUGGGGCACGGCGCAGUCGGCGUGGUUCGUUGCUAACGCUGCUCUUGGGGAGCCGGUCACGUUUCCCAUUAUAACCACCUGCCCAGCCUUGAUUGCCACCAUCUGUGGGAUGGUAUUCUUCAAAGAAAUUACGGUAGGCAAUUUGAACUCUGCAUGUUUUAUGUAA